AUGGAGCUCAAGGCUGUAUCCAGGACGGCGGCGCUGCCCGCGGCCCGGCCCGGCGCGCAGGGCCCCAGCGGCGUCGCCUUCGGGUCGGCCGGGAGGAAGGCGCCGCCGCGGCGGGCUCUGCUCGCCGCCACCAACAACUCCGUCACCCCCGUGGCCAGGGCGGAGAAGCAGAGGGUAGAUCAAAGUGAAAUAUUGACCUUGGACAGUAUCAGAAACACUUUGAUUAGACUAGAAGACAGCAUCAUUUUCGGUCUUCUGGAGAGAGCACAGUAUUGUUACAAUGCUGAUACAUAUGAUAGCGGUUCUUUCCAUGUGGAUGGAUUCGGGGGCUCUUUGGUCGAAUUCAUGGUUACAGAAACUGAGAAGCUACAUGCAAAGGUUGGGAGAUACAAGAGCCCAGAUGAGCACCCAUUCUUCCCGGAAGAUCUACCUGAGCCACUGUUGCCGCCUAUCCAGUAUCCAACGGUUCUGCAUCCCAUUGCUGAUUCCAUUAAUAUCAACAAAGAGAUUUGGAAAAUGUAUUUUGAUGAAGUUCUUCCAAGACUAGUGAAAGAAGGAAGUGACGGCAAUUCUGGAUCAAGUGCUCUUUGUGACACAACCUGCUUGCAGGCACUCUCUAAAAGAAUCCACUAUGGCAAGUUUGUGGCAGAGGCCAAGUUUCAAGAGUCCCCCGAAGAUUACAGGCGUGCAAUAAUAGCUCAGGACGGUGAUCAGCUAAUGCAGCUCCUCACCUAUGAGACGGUUGAGCGUGCAAUUGAACAUAGGGUGGAAACCAAGGCCAAAAUAUUUGGGCAAGAGGUGAAUAUAGGAGCGGAAGCCAAGGGCUUGCCACCUGUCUACAAGAUCAGACCCAGCUUGGUCGCUGGACUGUACAGCAACAGGAUUAUGCCGCUAACCAAGGACGUCCAGGUAGCAUACCUGCUAAGGAGGUUGGACUGAGCGUUCACUACUUUGCACUGCCUACUCCGUUCGCUUUCCAGGCAUCAAUAACUAGGCACAAGACAGCCAUAGGCAUAUUCAUUUUGGGACUCGCUGGAAGAGCAUAUAUUUAUAAUGUGUUAAUUGUAUCUCCAUAUUUUGUAUCACAAUAGCAAAAGGAAUCAUCAUGUGGUGGUGUAAUGGCAUAUGAUUCAAUUGCUUGGUGUUUGCACA